CGCGUGGAAGAAACUUGUAAACUAUAAAACAUGAAAUAUAUCAUAAGCGGUCUGUUAGUAUUUGUGUUUGCUACAGUAUUUACAGGAUGUCUAGCCAGGUGUAUUACAAAGUGUGGUGUUGCAUCUUGCAAUGAGUGUGAAAGAGCUAAUUACAAUCCUGCCAAACAAGACCAUUACUUGGUAGAGGAAGAUCAUAUCCCUUACUGUAGUAAACCAGUGUGCAACAAAUGCAUCUCAGCUACAUCUCUAAAGCCAGAUUCUUUGGUUCGGUGUGGCAAAAAAAUAAAGUGUCGCAAGCCGACACCCACGACGACGACGACGACAACCGAGCCUAGCAGUGAGGAGUCAUCAGAGGAAGAUCACUCAUCUGAAGAAGAUCAUUCGUCGGAACAGUCGGAUUGUGAAGAAAAGGAAAACUACUUCACAAAAUGCGAAGUGAUCACGACGACCGAGGCUAGCUGUGAGGAUUCAUCAGAGGAGGACCACUCAUCGGAAGAAGAUCAUUCGUCGGAACAGUCCGCAUGUGAAGAAAAGAAAAACUACUCCAGCAAUUGCGAAGUGACCACAACGACCGAGCCUAGCUGUGACGAGUCAUCAGAGGAGGAUCAUUCAUCUGAAGAAGAUCAUUCGACGGCAGAGUCCGCAUGUGAAGAAAAGAAAAACUACUCCAGCAAUUGCGAAGUGACCACGACGACCGAGCCUAGCUGUGAUGAGUCAUCAGAGGAGGAUCACUCAUCUGAAGAAGAUAAUUCGUCGGAACAGUCCGUUUGUGAAGAAAAGGAAAACUACUUCACAAAAUGCGAAGUGACCACGACAACUGAGGCUAGCUGUGAGAAUUCAUCAGAAGAUCAUAAUUCAUCUGAAGAGAAACAUUGUCCUUAUGGUUACUUUUGGAAUGGAUAUUUCUGUUCUCCAGACUGCAGGAUUAAGAUUGAAAAAACGCCUCUGUGCAUAUGAAUAAAAUUGUUCUAUCAGUUACGAUCCACAACACGAAGCCUUAGUUAAUGACAAAAUGUAUUCCUCGCCCUUUAUUGGUGGUCUAAGCUACUUGCUUGUGGCAUUGUGCCUUUAUGCACUACCAAACCAUUUAACCUUUAUCGCUAGCACGUGUAGCGAGGUCACAAAAAAUGAACAACAACCGCGAGACUGCAGCCUAUAGUACUACACCUGUAUAAAAGCCAAUUGCAAACAACAUUCCGACAUCAUUCAAUAUCCUCGCUUCUUGUGCUUCAGACAUCUAAAAGAAUUUCAAAUACUAACAAUCAUGAAGUCCCUGGUGAUGUUCGCCUUCCUCGCUGUCUGUGCCACUCAGGUGUAUUCAUUCCAUUUGUCGUAUCCAGUCGCUCCUCAUCAUGUGUUGGAAUGUCCGGAAAACCAUCUGAGCCCUUACUAUAGCUAUCCCCGUGCCGUGGCUCAUCCUCGUCUGACUCACGUUCCGUGCCAGUCUUGCCACGGUUGCCAGACUUGCAACAAGCCGAAGAAGAGCAGCGAGCUGUACCCGUGCCCGUACAGACAGCACGGACCAUGUGAAUGCAAGCAUUAGAGGCAGAAAAAACCAAAUUCCAAACUGACGAUACAGAACUUUCAAUAAAAUAUGUUUGAAUCUAUCAGCAACCAA